AUGCCCGGACGACAAUCUCACGGGAGGUCACUGAUGACCGGCCCGUCCAAGGCCAGAAAAAAGAGCAGCGGCAAGAGCUCCAAGGCCAGGUCGCAGAAGAAUGCCCUCAACGCAUUUGGCAUCGCCCAGGAAAUGUUCCCCGUGCGGGACAAGAAGACGCCGCGGUUCAGAGAGCUGGAUGCCGAUAUCGAACGAAAACAUGGUCGAGAUGAUGAUGGAGACGGGGGUGACCAUGAUGAUGACGACUACGAACAGCAGCAACCCCAGAGGAAACGCGCCAAGGGCCCCUCCGCCGACGACAAUGCCGAUUACGGCAGCGAUAGCGAGGGCAACGAGUGGCGCAUGGGUGGCCUGGCGGACGACGAUGAGGACUCCGAGAUUGAUAACGACCAGGGCGAGACUCUCGGCGAGGAAGCCAUCGACCUGGCGACGGCCCUGGACCAGUGGGAGGAAUCUUCCGAGGAGGAGCAGCCCGAUAGGGAGGGCGAAUCGUCGUCGGAGGACUCUGGCAGCGAUGGCUCCGAUGAAUCCGAGUCCGGUGACGAAGACGACGAGGACAGCUCCGACGACGGCGAUGACGAUGACGAGGUCGACCCGGCCAAGCUCGAGGCCCUGCGCGGCAUGGUGUCGAGUUUCGCAGGCGAGGUUGACGACGCCGACCAGAAGGAGCAGCGGGGCUCGACAUUGGCCGCCAUCGACUUAGGCGACCUGGGCCUGUCGGGGGUGGACCCGUCGAUGAAGAAGGCGGUCAAGCAGCUGAAGAAGGAGGAGAAGCGGCCGGAGGCGAGCAAGAGGAAGGUGGACGUGCCGCUGGCACGGCGCGAGCAGGGCCGCCUAGACCGCAGCGCGGCCUACGAGAAGACGACAGAGACGCUGAACCGGUGGACCGAGACGGUGAAGCAGAACCGGCGGGCGGAGCACCUCACGUUCCCGCUGCCGGAGACGACGGGCAAGGCCGGCCUGGACAUGAGCGAGCUCCAGCCGCUGACGGCGGCGACGGCGUCGUCGCACAACGAGCUCGAGUCGGCCAUCCUGUCCAUCAUGGACCAGAGCGGCCUCUCGAUGGACAAGCCCAAGAAGGAGAAGACCAAGGUGUACGACGACGAGGGCAACGAGCUGUCGCAGCGCGAGGCCGUCAACCUUCGCCGGCGCGAGCGCGAGCUGGCCGCCCGCGAGGCCAAGCGCGCCGCCCGCGUCAAGAAGAUCAAGAGCAAGGCCUACCACCGCGUGCACCGCAGGCAGAGCGAGCGCGACGCCAUCAAGGCCGGCGAGGACGGCGACGGGCCCCUCGACUCUGAGGAGGAGCGCGAGGCUCAGGAUCGCCGCAGGGCCCUCGAGCGCGUCGGCCAGCGCCACCGCGACAGCAAGUGGGCCAAGAUGGGCGGCAAGGCCAAGCGCGCCGUCUGGGACGACGACUUCCGCUCCGGACUCAACGAGAUGGCCCGCAGGGAUGAGGAGCUCCGCCGUCGCAAGGAGGGCAAGACCGCCGUCGACUCGGAUGACGAAACGUCCAGCUCCGGGAGCGACGGCUCCGACGACGAGAGCGGGGAGCGUGGCGGCGCCACGCUGCGACGCCAGAUAGACGAAGAGCUGCGGAGGGACGAGGAAGAGGCCCCCGCGAAGGGCGUCAUGGCCAUGGCUUUCAUGAGGAAGGCCGAGGCCGCCAGGAGGAAGGAGCUCGAGGACCUGCGCGACAGCAUCGCCGCUGCUGACGGGGACAACCUCGACGACGAUGCCGGCUCAGACGACGAGGCCAGCGAGGUCGGCCGCAGGCAGUACGGUGCGGGCGUCCCCGGCGCCGCCAUAGCCGGCGGUGCGCCGCCUGCAGCCGCCAGGAAGACGAAGGCUGCCGCCGCCACCACCCAGGCCGGAGCCCCCUCGACGAGCGACAAGGCUUCCGACGACAGCCACGGCAAGGACGUCAGCAACGGACGCAAGGCUUCCGCCAUCACCCCCGCUGCCGCCGCCGCCGCCACUCCCGGCAACGCCUGGGCCGGCGCAGAAGCACCACCGCCACCAUCAGCAACCGGCCCGGUUCCGAGCGGAGGCGGCGCCGCCUGGUCCACGGGCGGCGAGUCCCGUCGCCGGAAGAAGGACGCCGCCUCUGCCUCCAAGACGGUAGAGCUGGAUCUCACCGCCGCAGCGGGUCUAGAGGUGGCCGUCGGCAGCAAGAAGCGCAGGCCCACCGGCACCUCGAACGACGACGAAGGCGAAGGCGAGGACGAGGACGAGGCGGACAACCACCUCCCCCUGGCGAUCCGCGACCAGGGCCUGCUGGACCGGGCGUUCGCCCACGACGACGUGGAGCUCGAGUUCGCCCAGGAGAAGCAGCUGAUGGCCGAGGACGAAGACGACAAGGUCGUCGACGAGACGAUUCCCGGUUGGGGGUCGUGGGUGGGCGACGGCAUCAGCGAGAGGCAGAAGAAGCGCAACCAGGGCCGCUUCCUCAAGAAGGUCGAGGGUAUCAAGCAGAAGAACCGCCAGGAUGCCAAGCUCGACAAGGUCAUGAUCAACGAGAAGCGCAACAGAAAGAACGACCGCUACCUGGCAACUCAGCUACCCCACCCUUUCGAGUCGAGACAGCAAUACGAGCGAUCCCUCCGCCUGCCCAUGGGCCCGGAGUGGCAGACCAAGCAGUCCUUCCAGGACAGCACCAAGCCUCGGGUGCUGAUGAAGCAGGGCGUCAUCACGCCCAUUUCCAAGCCUACGGCAUAA